AUGGCAAUGACUUUUACUUCCGAGGUUACAUUGGCAGGGCCAUCUCCAUUGUCUUUUAGGAAGACACGUGCGUGUAGGCAGAAGUCGAAGACAGGUUGUACCACUUGCAAGCUACGACGGGUCAAAUGUGAUGAGACCAAACCAUCGUGUAUGCGAUGCAAAAACUUCGGAAGGAAGUGUGAUGGCUAUGAGUAUAGCCCUAAGGAUAAGCCGGCUUGGCUGAUGGGCCCAACUAUAUCUACUGGAAUAUGUCAGGAAGUCAUAGAACCGCCAUUGGUUUCAAUACCGCCCAGCGUUUCAGUGAUAAACUUCCGCAGCGAGCAAGAGGGCCAAUACUUUGAUUUCUUCUGUCGAGAAACCGUAUUUGAGCUCGCCGGAGGUUCUGAAAAGAAAUUAUUCAAUGUCAUCAUCCUUCAGUCUUGUCACACCGAUACGUCUAUCAGGCAUGCUGUUACCGCCAUUGCUGCUUUGAGCAAAGCCAUGAAGGUCUCAAAAUCCAUGCAUCGAGACGAAGGCGAAGCUGGAUUUCAGAGGAUUUCCAAUCAAGUGGAGAUACACCAUCGAUAUGCCCUAAAGCAGUAUGGAAAGUCGCUUCGGUAUCUUCGCGAUCUCGUGCAGACAAGUCAAAAUCCACUUCGCAUACCUUUACUCGUUUCUCUCAUCAUCUUCUGCUUUGAAAACUUCCACGGUAACACUCAGUUGGCCGACAAACACAUUUACAGUGCACUCAAGAUGAUGCACCAUCAUGAAGCGUUUUCAAGCUAUCCUCAUCACAACCUGUUACUAAGCUCACCUGCACCGGACUUGGUAGAAAAUGAGAUUGUUGCUGCGUAUCUCCACCUUGCCUUGGCGAUUGUGACACGACCAGAUGAUCCGGAUUCAUUGAGCGGCAAAGUUCUUGAUCUCAUAUCCGCCGAUAUACUACCACCUGACAUUCCUCGACAACUUGGCAGUCUCGCAGAAGCCGAAGUUCAUCUGGAACAUGUACUAUACCAUUCUCUCCCGAGCAUACCAAGAGCAGACCUCGAAAAGCGCUUGGCAUCACCGGAUCUUUCACCUCAAGGUUUGGCAAUCAGUCUCUCAAGACUUCAAAAGCUUUAUCCAAAAGCAUCAUCUCCUAUUCUUACGGGUUUUGAAUUUCCUACGUUCAGUUCAAGUUUUCAGGAUUGGCAGAGAGCAUUUCAGCCAAUUAUUUCAUAUGCACAGUCUUCUUUAGGUAAUGCAGAUUAUGUCGCUGCAACCACUCUUCAGAUCAAAGCUCUUGGUAUAGGGCUCAUGGGUCAAGGUGUCUUCCUUGAUUACCGAAUAUCCGAUUAUUUUCUUCCUACCUUCCGUCAAAUCGUCUCUCUCAGUCAAAAACUUGUUUCCGAUCCUCGAUUUUUAAAGACAUUUGUCUUUGAUGCGGGGAUUGUUCCUUCUCUUUUCGUUGUUAUAUAUGCUUGUCCCGAUCAAAGUAUAAGGAGAGACGCGGUAAUGGUUUUAAAGGAAGUAGCUCCUAGACGUGAGGGUACAUGGGAUGCUCUAAAGAUUGCUAGCAUUGGGCAAAUGUUGCUCGACUCUGAAGAAAUAGGUCCGAUCACUGCGAAAUCGACCUUUUCACCGUUCGACGAUAUCAAUCUGAUUUCGCCGACAACAUAUGAGGAAAUUAAAACACCAAUACUGCAGUCUCCACGGCCAAGACGAAGAUCUCUUCUCGUUUCGCCACCUUUAUGGAAACGAGGUACAGAGCGAGGGUUUGGUGCCGACAUUUCAUGA